AUGUCUCGACCAGCUUCACAUUGUCUCAAGCACCUACGCCAUCCUCUCCGUAACUCUCCAAAGGUCUCACUCCCUCUUAACCACAACCAUGCCUUCUCAACAACAGCCACGAGACAUCUCAUGAGCAUGGCAGGCUUCACAGAGAACCAGCUAAUGGUGCGCAAUGCCGUCGGCCAAAUCUGCUCCGAGUUCCCCAACACAUACUGGCAAGAACACGACCAAGAAGAAAAAGACCCAAAAGAGUUCCACGCCGCUCUCGCCAAAGAUGGAUGGCUUGGGAUAGCCCUUCCCGAAUCUCUUGGAGGUUCUGAUCUGGGUAUCUCCGAGGCGAAGAUGAUGAUGCAGACUAUCGCGGAAUCGGGCGCUGGCAUGGCGGGUGCGCAGUCUAUACACGCCAACGUCUACGCGACACAGCCUCUUGCAAAGUUCGGCUCGAAAGAGCAGUUGGAAACUACGAUUCCAAAGAUCGUCUCUGGCGAAUAUCGGGUGUGUUUCGGUGUCACAGAGCCCAACGCUGGCCUUGAUACACUUCGACUGGAAACAGUUGCAAAACGCAACCCAGAUGGCUCUUAUAGUGUCACUGGACAGAACAUCUGGAUCACCUGCGCACAAGUUGCCUCCAAGAUGAUCCUCCUUGCUCGAACUACCCCUAUCGAACAGGUCAAGAAGCCCAGCGAAGGUCUUUCCCUCUUCUGCAUCGACCUAGACCGCAGUAAACCAGGUCUCGAGAUACGCAAGAUAAAAAAGAUGGGCGGCCAAGCCGUUAACGCCAACGAGGUAUUCUUCGAUAACUACCAGAUCCCCUUUUUCUUCCCUUAUCGGCGAGAAAGUCAAAGGCUUUAA